AUGGACGCAUCGGAUGAUAGGAUACAAGUUAUGAUUCGUGCUGAUCAUACACCGAAAUGGAAAGAACGAAUACAUGAAAACAUGACUUGCAUAGUCAAUAAUGAAACUGUUUAUGAUAAAGAUUUCCAGUGGAAGCUUUGUGAUCAUGACAAGAAGUUACAUGCAAAUGAGAAGAGUGAUAAGUCUUCUCAUUCAUCAAAGGGUAUGUCUCUUUGGUCUGGUGCCUCUCAAUUCACCCCAAUUAAAAGUUUCGUCCAUAAGGCCAAAUGUAUUUCUUUGAAUGAGCUCUGCAAGGUCAAACAAGACAUGUUAUGUGUUACUAUUGGAACAACUCAAAAGUUUUUUGUGUCAAAACAUGGUUGGUUUUAUUAUGGAUGUACAUAUAAAAUCUUUAAAGCAUCUGAUAUGAACAAUCCAUAUAAAUGUUCAUGUGGACAAAAUGUUGAACAAGCCAUACCAAUGUUAUAUUUUUCAAUUGAUACUGACUGUGCCAACAUUAUUGGAAAGUUUGCAGAUAGUAUUUAUAAAGCAAUGCUGGAGGAAGGUGAAGACGACCCUAUGGUAUAUCUCGAUGAACUUGACAUGCUUCUUGGUAAAAUAAUGGCGUUCAGGGCUAAAGGUGAUAGCAUACCUUUAACCCAAAACCCAGUUGUUGAUCGUGUCGAUGAUUCCAUUGAGUCUUUGUCUACAUAUGGAGAAAAUGAUCCUGAUAAGGUUGUGCCCAACACGUCUUCUAAAGGUAGCCCGAUUACUCUUGAUGUUGAAGAUUCUGAAUGUCAACCUUAUGGAGCUACUCAACUUUCAGGAACGAAACCAUAA